AUGGGUUGCCAGAAGUCUCCGCGGCCGCUCCUCGGCGCCUACAAGUCCCAGCAGCCCCUGCGGCGGCAAUCACGCGUCCGCCUGAAGGCGCGUGGGAACUUUUUUGUUUUGGUCCCGAAGAGUGUCGCAGAUCCGCCGCCAUCGCCAGUUAACGGGGUGUUUUGGGGUGAAGCGUUUGGAGAAGCAUCGCCGGGAAACGAGCUGGAGACCCUUCUGGCAUUGGGCUCGUUCCUGCUGAUUGUCAAAAAGCUUCCUACCUGGACAGCCGGGACACGGGCAGGACGCAGAGGAAGCUGCAGGUGGUUGUCUGUAGCUCAAACACGUUUAAGGGUGAAUGGGGGGAAUGGGGAGGUGCUGGUGGGCUACGGUAAACAGAGAGCUCGGGAAGAUCAGCUUCUUCACAUUGGAGGGAUAUUGAAGAGGUUGGUGUUAUUCAAGGAUGUGGCUGUUAUCUUCUCUAAGGAAGAAUGGGGGCUCCUGGAUUUGGAACAGAAGAAUCUGUACAGAGAAGUGAUGUUGGAAAAUUAUAACAACCUGGUCUCACUGGGUGAGUUGCUCACAGUAUGUGGGAAAGCUUUUUUUUUUGCCGCACAACUUAUUUAUCAUAAAAAAGUUCACAGUGGAGAGAGACAUUUUGAAUGCAAAGAAUGUGGAAAGGCCUUCAUUUGUGGCUCUCAUCUUACUCAGCAUCAAAGAAUUCAUUCUGGUGAAAGACCUUAUAAAUGUAAUGAAUGUGGAAAAACCUUUGUUCGUGGCUCACAACUUACUUACCACAAGAGAGUUCAUACUGCAGAGAAACCCUAUCAGUGUCUAGAAUGUGGAAAGGCCUUUAUUCGUGGGUCCCAACUUAUUGAGCACCAGCGAGUUCAUACAGGUGAGAAGCCCUAUAAAUGUAAGAAAUGUGGGAAAGCCUUUUGUUAUGGCUCACAGCUUACACUUCAUCACAGACUUCAUACUGGUGAAAAGCCCUAUCAAUGCAAGGAUUGUGGCAAGUCCUUUAUUCGUGGUGCACAACUUACUGAACAUCAGAGAACUCAUACAGGUAACAAACCACAUGGAUGUAAACAGUGUGGAAGUACUUUUAACUAUGAAUCUCAGCUUCUUCAACAUCAAAGGAUUCACACAGGUGAGAAACCCUAUAAAUGUCACCAGUGUGGAAAAUCAUUUGUUCGUGACUCACAACUUAUUGAGCAUAAAAAAAUCCACACUGGUGAAAAACCAUUUGAAUGUAAGGAAUGUGGGAAGGCUUUUACUCGUGCUUCACAUCUUGCUCAGCAUCGAAGGCUCCAUACAGGUGAGAAACCUUACAAAUGUAAAGAGUGUGGGCAGGCCUUUGUUCAUAACUCACAACUGACUAAGCAUAAGAAAAUUCAUACAGGUGAGAAUCCCCAUGAAUGUAAGCAGAAACCAUAUGAAUGUAAGGAAUGUGGGAAGGUUUUUCUUAGUAAAUCACAGCUCACUUACCAUCUGAGAUCCCAUACUGGUGAGAAACCCUAUGAAUGUAAUGAAUGUGGGAGGGCCUUUUUCCGUGCUUCACAUCUUAAACAGCACCGGAGAAUUCAUACAGGUGAAAAGCCAUUCAAGUGUAAUGUGUGUGAUAAGGCUUUUAAUCGCAGGUCUCAACUAACUCAGCAUCAGAAAAUUCAUUCUGAUGAAAGACCUUUUAAAUGUAAUGAAUGUGGUAAGAAAUUUAGACGUCAGUCACACCUUACUCAACAUCAGAAACUUCAUAAUAGGGAAAAAGUCUGA